GCAUGAUAUACUUGCUUCGGGCUUCUGGUAUCUAUGACAGCGAGAAUCCAACGUACACAGAGUUUUGUGGUAGGAACAUACUAUGUAGAUGACUGAAAUGGAGUGAAUGUCCCCACUUUCCCUUAAACCCGAGAGCACGCCAACAACAAAACCAAAAGCACCUGCUCCCCAGGUGCCUCCACUAGUCUCCCAAUCUCCACCAGCUAUAAAACCUCCUCCUCCUCGCCCCCAGAUUUCAAAGCUAGACAAAGACAGUUCGAAUUCGCAGGUUUGAUAGACUUCCGCGAAGGCCUUCCAACCCUCUCAGGGGAUCCACCGGCUGGUGGGAGGGUUUCGAGGGAGGAUGUAAAUUCCACAAUGCGAAACGAGCAAUGGUCUGGUGGAAGGGAUAUCAACAAGCGUCAACGAUUCCUUUGAUGGGAGGGAGUAUAAGUGCGGUUUCUCGCGCGGAAUGGUGGAGGCGAAGUUGGGGAGGAGACUAAUGAUGGUGGGUCAACUUUCGAGCGAGGGCGUAGACAUGUUCUCGGUGAGAGAGAGGUUUAAGAAGGCUUGAUGGUGAGCAGUGAAGACGAGCGGAGAUGGUCGGAAGGGAUCUGUG